AGGCGAAAAUCAAUCUAAAUGCGAAUGUUUUACACUGUAUAAUAUUGAAUUUUCGCUUUUUGUAGGCAUUUUGAUUUGUUUAGCUAAUUAUACUUUUGCCUUCUUCCAUAUGUUUGUGCGCUUUUGCCGAAUAUAAUUGCUACUUCUGCUUUUUAUACUUUUUUUCCCCUUCUUCUUAAAUUUUAGUACAAGAUCAUAGGAUUUUUGCCCUAUUGUUUGGUCAAUUUUAGGCUCCAUUUGCUCAAAUUUGAUUUUUUUCUUGUGCGUUUUGUAGUGAAUUUCUUUCUGAAUGUACUGGAUUGACUGAUUGAGGAAAUGCUGUUUGAUUGAUCCGUGUUAGAAUUUAGAAGUUCAGUGAUUUUGUAGUAGGAUCUCGAUUUUUAAGGUUCAUCUUUUGGUGUGUGGUGAUAAUUUUUUGUGGGGUUUUGAAAUGAGGUGCCAAAGGAUGUUAUGUGGUGAGAAAUGAGGGUUAGGGUUUUGCGAAAUGGGGUGUGUUUUCGGGAAAGAGGUUUCAUCGUCCAGGUCUCCGAUUGGCGAAGCUGUGGUUGUAAAAGGGAGAGUUAAUGGCGGAGAAGAGAGAGAUUCCUCGUCGGAAUCGAAGAGGAGAGAGAAAGUAGUUGUUGGUUCAGUUAGUAAACGGGAAGAGGAGAGCGGUGGUGGGGCCCGUGGAGGAGGAGAUGGUGGUGGUGGUCAAGUUCAAAAUGGCGGUGAACGGAGUGAGAGGAGGAGGAGGUCUAGGCCAAAUCCGAGGCUGAGCAAUCCACCUAAGAACAUCCACGGUGAGCAAGUUGCCGCCGGAUGGCCGUCGUGGCUCUCGGCUGUGGCGGGAGAGGCUAUCAGUGGGUUGACCCCACGCCGUGCCGAUUCUUUCGAAAAAAUCGAUAAGAUUGGACAAGGGACUUAUAGUAAUGUAUAUAAAGCUAGAGACGGCAUAACGGGAAAAAUUGUUGCCAUGAAGAAAGUUAGAUUCGAUAAUUUGGAGCCUGAGAGCGUGAAAUUUAUGGCUAGGGAGAUUUUGAUUUUGCGACGCUUGGAUCAUCCUAAUGUGGUGAAAUUGCAAGGAUUAGCAACAUCAAGAAUGUCGUGUAGUUUGUACUUGGUGUUCGAUUACAUGGAUCACGAUUUGGCCGGCCUUGCUUCCAGCCCUGGAAUCAAGUUUACCGAGCCUCAGGUCAAAUGCUACAUGCGUCAGCUAUUAGCGGGCCUUGAGCACUGCCACAAUCGGCAUGUUUUGCAUCGGGAUAUUAAAGGGUCAAAUCUACUAAUCAACGAUAGAGGAGUUUUAAAGAUUGCUGAUUUUGGAUUGGCUUCGACUUUUGAUCCCAAUAGUAGGCAGCCAAUGACUAGCCGUGUGGUUACUCUGUGGUAUAGGCCACCUGAGCUGCUUCUUGGUGCUACCUAUUAUGGUGUAGGUAUUGAUUUGUGGAGUGCAGGGUGUAUUUUAGCUGAACUAUUUGCUGGCAAGCCCAUCAUGACUGGCCGAACGGAGGUGGAACAGCUACACAGGAUUUUCAAGCUAUGUGGAUCUCCGAGUGAGGAAUAUUGGAAAAAGUCGAAGCUUCCUCAUGCAACAAUGUUCAAACCUCAGCAGUCGUAUAAAAGAUGCAUAAAGGAGACGUAUAAAGAUUUCCCACAGUCGUCUUUGCCUUUAAUCGACACUCUACUUUCUAUUGAUCCAAGCGAACGGCUCACUGCUACAGCUGCACUAAAUAGUGAAUUCUUCACAACAAAGCCUUAUGCGUGUGAUCCUUCUAGCCUUCCAAAGUAUCCACCUAGUAAGGAGAUGGAUGCUAAGAUACGUGAUGAAGAAGCUCGAAGGUUACGAGCUGCUGGUAAAAGUCAAGCUGAUAGUGGAAGGAAAACUCGAACACGUGAUAGAGGUAUGCGGGCCGCACCUGCCCCCGAAGCCAAUGCUGAGCUUCAAUCCAAUAUUGACCAGAGACGAAGGCUAAUCACACAUGCGAAUGCAAAGAGCAAAAGCGAAAAGUUUCCGCCACCUCAUCAAGAUGGCGGGCUCCAACACAGCGAUCUGAACGUUGAUCCACCAGAUGCACCCUUCAGUACUUCAAUGAAUUUCUCCUACUCCAAAGAUCCGAUUAUAAAUUGGAGCGGCCCAUUGGUCGAUCCGGGUCAUGUAGGCGCUCAAAGAAGAAAAUCGAAACCAUCGAAGAAGGAAUAUUAUCGAAGAGACAAAAACUCUACUCGGAACAUGGAGAAAGAUUAUAUGUAAUAAAAUAUGCACUGGUUAACAAACGAAAGGCAGAUUUCAUGUUUUAUUUUAUAUAUAUGCCGGGAAAUUAGCAAACUGUUUUAAAGAGGUAAUAUAUCUUUGCUUCCACAAUUUUUUCUU